GUGGUGGUGUCGUCGCUCGGUCCCUUUUCGCGAAUCGGACUCCAUCCUUGGCCGCACCGGGGCCGGGCGCGGUAGCGGCGCUCCCCGAAGCUUGCUCGGGCUCCCGGGGUCCCAGGGGGAGGGAACUGGGGCUGCGCCGAAGGGCUCCGAGGGCCUGCGAGGGAGGAGUUGUGGGGGACCGCGGGGGCUGCGCCUAGACGGGGCUCCGGGGCUUGGCGGCCCGUGGGGGACGACGUGGCGCUAAGUGGGGUUUGGGUCCGGGUCUAGAUGGCUCCCGCGAAGAAGGGCGGCGAGAAGAAGAAGGGCCGCUCGGCCAUCAACGAGGUGGUGACCCGGGAAUACACCAUCAACAUCCACAAGCGCAUCCACGGAGUAGGUUUCAAGAAGCGUGCGCCUCGGGCACUCAAAGAGAUCCGGAAGUUUGCCAUGAAAGAGAUGGGCACUCCGGAUGUGCGCAUUGACACCAGGCUCAACAAAGCUGUGUGGGCCAAAGGAAUAAGGAAUGUCCCAUACCGAAUCCGUGUACGUUUAUCCAGAAAACGUAAUGAGGAUGAAGAUUCACCAAACAAACUCUAUACUUUGGUGACCUAUGUGCCUGUCACCACUUUCAAAAGUAAGUUUCAGUUGCACAGAUUACUUGAUCUUUGAAUUUGUGAUUUUGCACCUACGAGUAAAUAGCCAUCCUCUAUGGGGUAUAUUAAGAUGUAUUGGGUGUAAUGGUGAUGAGUGGCUAUGGAAGCUGAUUUGGGCUGUUAAUUUCUUUUACAGAUCUACAGACAGUCAAUGUGGAUGAGAACUAAACUGGUGGCAUAAUAAAAUUAUAAAAAUAGCA